AGAUGGAAAGAGAAUCUCCCAAAUCAAUCCUCUCUCCAAACAUGGACACUUGCAGUAAACAACGAAAACCUUACCAGUCCAUGUAACUGGUUUGGAAUUUCAUGCGACAAUGCUGGAAGCAUAAUAGGAAUUAACCUUGCAAGCUCACGUAUUAGAGGUAAUCUUAGUAACUUGGAUUUCUCGUACUUCCCCAACCUCACUUGUCUAAACCUCAGUUCCAAUGUUCUCUCUGGUCCAAUCCCAUCCGAGCUAGGCUCACUUUCAAAACUAACCCACCUCAAUCUCUCCAUGAAUUAUCUUUCUGGUUUUUUUCCUCUUUCGUUAGCCAACCUGAGUCAAAUUUCAUUGCUUUAUGUGGGCAAUAACUUGAUCAGCGGCGAGCUAGACCCACGAUUAUUCUCCAACUGGAACAGGCUUCAAUUUCUUGAGCUCCACAACAACAACUUCACUGGGAUGAUUCCUUCGGAAAUUGGCCUGCUUGUUAACCUCGUGGAGCUAGCUUUGUCUAGCAAUCAUUUCCAUGGUUUUGUUCCAUCAGCAAUAGGGAACCUUACAAACUUGGAUGCCUUGGCUUUACAUCGAAACCAUCUUUCAGGUCCAAUCCCUUCAUCUUUUGGUAACUUGACCGAAUUAACAAUGUUGUUUUUACACCAGAAUGAGUUUUCUGGAACCUUCCCUCAUAGUUUACUCAACUGUAAUCUUCUUGUUGAAUUGCUGCUGUUCACGAAUCGGCUUUCGGGUUUUGUACCUCAAGGAUUAGCAAACCUCACUUCUUUAAGAGAAUUGCAUUUGAGUGAAAACAACUUUUCAGGUCCCUUACCACAAGUCUGUCAAGGUGCAAAGCUUCAGCUUUUCACUGCAGCGUUCAACAACUUUACAGGUCCCAUCCCGAAGAGCUUGCGGAACUGUACCAGCCUCGUCCGAGUACGGCUCCACAACAACCAGCUUUCGGGAUCUUUGGACCGAGACUUUGGAGUUUAUCCGAAUCUGAAUUACUUGGAGUUGAGCCACAAUAGAUUGGAAGGGUUGCUUUCAGCUAAAUGGGGAGGAUGCAGAAACCUGGAACAAUUAAAAGUUGCUGGUAAUAUGAUCAAAGGAGAGAUACCUGAAGAAUUCGGCAAGUUGAAUCGACUAGCGGUACUCGAUCUUUCUUCGAACCAACUUGUUGGAAAUAUACCAAAAGUAUUGGGCAGAUUAACCUCUCUGUACUUCCUCAACUUGAGCAAUAACCAAUUAUCAGAUGUGAUGCCACUUGAGAUUGGAAAGCUCUCGAGUCUUGAGGAUCUUGAUCUUUCAGAAAACAAGCUGAAUGGGCAAAUUCCAGGACAACUUGGUGAAUGCUUGAAGCUACAUAAUUUGUUCUUGAGAAAGAACUAUUUCAAUGGGUCUAUCCCAUUCCAGCUUGGUUCUCUAGCUUUGCAGGGUUCACUUGAUCUUAGUCAAAAUUUGCUCACACAGCAGAUACCUCCCGAGCUAGCAAAGUUCACCAUGUUGGAACAUUUAAACGUCUCACACAACAUGCUGUCAGGUUCAAUCCCCUCUUUAUUCGGUACAAUGACUAGCUUAACGUCGAUUGACUUCUCGUACAAUGACUUGGAAGGACCGGUUCCUGACAGUGGGUUCUUUCGCCGUGCUUCACCUGCCGCAUUCAGCAACAACAAAAACCUAUGCGGUGAAGUCCUAGGUUUGAAGCCCUGCAGUAAUACAUCAGUGGAGAAGGAAACUCAUAAGAAAAAUCACAAUGUUCCGAUAAUCAUUGUCAGUGCUUCUUUAUCAUGGUUGAUACUUUAUUUAGCCCUGUUUAUUCUGUAUGCACUCUCCCGAAGAGCAAAAAGGAGCAGAGAGUCGAAGGAAGCUAUGGUAUCGGAGGCCAGAAAUCCACUCUCGAUUUUGAACUACGACGGGAAGAUUGUGUAUGAAGAUAUAAUCGAAGCUACCGAGAGUUUUGAUGAAAAGUAUUGUAUUGGGUCUGGUGGAAGUGGAAGAGUGUAUAAAGCAAAGUUAACACUAGGACCUGUUCUGGCCAUCAAGAAACUAUUGUGUCUGGGCGGGGAACAGAUGGAGAAACUGAGAAGUUUUACCAACGAGAUCCGAGCAUUAACAGAAAUACGCCACAAAAACAUAGUCAAGUUUUACGGAUUUUGUUGCCACGGGCCGCACAAGUUCCUGGUUUAUGAUUAUAUCGAGAGAGGAAGCCUAGCUGAUGUGCUAAGGGAUGAUAUGAAAGCCAAAGAAUUGGAGUGGAGCAAAAGGAUCAAACUUGUGAAGGAUGUAGCAAAUGGCUUGUCCUAUAUGCAUCAUGACUGCGUACAGUCAAUAAUUCAUAGAGACAUAUCAAGCAAGAAUGUAUUGUUGAAUGAUGAGUACGAGGCCUGCAUUUCGGAUUUCGGCACUGCUAAGAUUCUGAACUCCGAUUCGUCUAAUGUAACAGUCCUUGCAGGCACAUUAGGAUAUGUUGCUCCAGAGUUAGCUUACACAGUUAGCGCGACGGAAAAAUGUGAUGUCUACAGUUUUGGUGUUGUGGCCUUGGAAGUGAUGAUGGGGAAACAUCCAGCGGAGCUUGUUUCUGUUCUGAAUUCAUGUUUGGAUCAAAAGGAUAUACAACUAAUACUAGACCCUCGUAUUCGAACUCCCGCAGAUGAAGAAACCGCUCUGGAAGUUGCUUCUAUAGUGAGGCAUGCUGUGUCCUGUAUAUGUGUUGAACCAAAAUCUAGGCCCACCAUGCGAUGGGUUUCCCAAGCACUAUCAGAAGCUCGAACCAAUGUUUGAAGGAUGUUAUACAAAAUUUGCUCUUUAAAAUAAAAAAUCUCUUUCCAUGGAGUCAUUGAGAACUAGCUGACCAGUAAAUAAUGCCACUUUCUUGGAUCAUGUCAAACCGGGGUAUGGUAUUGUCAUCUUUUCCUGGUACUACUGCUGCAAAAGAGAUUCUUAUAUGAAGAGAUCCUAGAUUAGGAUAUGCAAAAGGAAAGACGCGUCAAAGUGACAAAAUCUUGGAGGAUUGGUGAAUGUAAAAAAGGACGAUAUCAAUAUUAUACUCACUGUAAUUGUGUCACAUAACUUAAGAAAAUAAUACUACCUUACAAGUCAUUAGACCAUGAUAGUGACAAAUAUUAAUAAAAAUAUUUUAUGAGUAUUUAUCAAUUAUCAAAGACCAUAUGUUUAAUGAUAGUAUUAAUUAAAUAAAGAAUUUUCAAUAA